GCCGGAAGUGAGUGUGCAUUUCCGGCGCCGAAAAGGGCCGGUCUCCGUUGCUUUUCAGAGUGAACGGCGGUUCUUUCCGUGCUGGUCCCCUCCCGGUCCUACCAUGAAGGACGUCCCAGCUUUCCUACAGCAGAGCCAGAGCUCGGGGCCUGGUCAGGCUGCCGUUUGGCACCGGCUGGAGGAGCUUUACAAUAAAAAACUCUGGCACCAACUAACCUUGCAGGUUUUGGAUUUUGUGCAAGAUCCCUGCUUUGCUCAAGGAGAUGGUCUUAUCAAGCUUUAUGAGAACUUUAUCAGUGAGUUUGAACACAGGGUGAAUCCUUUAUCCCUGGUAGAAAUCAUUCUUCAUGUGGUACGGCAAAUGACAGAUCCUAAUGUUGCUCUUACUUUUCUGGAAAAGACCCGUGAAAAGGUGAAAAGCAGCGAUGAAGCUGUGAUUCUAUGUAAAACAGCCAUUGGUGCGCUAAAAUUAAACAUUGGUGACCUGCAAGUUACAAAGGUGAGGCAGUAUUUUAUUUUUAUAUUCACUGACUCAGUUUUCCCUGUUGCAUUAAAGAGUUAUAUUUUUAAGUUGCUCACAAUUUUUAAGUAUUUCUCCUUUUCUUGGCUACAGAUGACCUUCACCAGACCAGCUAAUCACAGGCAACUUACUUUUGAAGAAAUUGCUAGAAGUGCCAAAGUCACUAUAAAUGAGGUGGAGCUGCUAGUGAUGAAAGCACUCUCAGUAGGCUUGGUGAAAGGCAGUAUUGAUGAAGUGGAUAAAAAGGUUCACAUGACAUGGGUUCAACCACGCGUGUUGGAUUUACAACAGAUAAAGGGUAUGAAAGACCGUCUGGAGUUCUGGUGCACAGAUGUGAAGAACAUGGAAAUGUUGGUGGAACACCAAGCCCAUGAUAUUCUAACAUAGAGGACUUUGCACUGGCUAAAGAAAUAUCUUGUACUGUUGCUGAAACUGGCAGUGCCCUGACCACUGACUCUGUACUAAAUGCUAUGAAGGGUGGGGAGGGGCUGGGGGAAACUUUUUUGUCAUGCUUGUACAGAGAUCUAAGUGGCAUUUGCUGCAUGACCCUUGGGUGCUUGGAGUCAGGAAUUCCUUCCUAUGCACUAACAUUUGAGUAGUGUAUUCCUUGGGAGCAUUUGUCCUGUUGUCACCAAAAUGGGGUUUGGUAGUCCAUAAUGGUGAAUUUGUCUUGCUGUGAGUUUCCACUGGAGAAGGCUAGGCGCUACAUACACUAAAGGGAUGCAGGUCAUUAGCUCCACAGUAGGAUAGCAGCAAGACUUCCAUUUUGCACUUAUUGUGCAAGAAGGUAAAGCUGUCUUCAACCAUUGUCAGGCAUUUCUGAUGGGUGGAGGAAAGUAUGAUCUUUUUCCUGGAACUUUCCUGGUAGCUCAAAGAUAACAAAACUGGGAACUAACUUUUUCCCAUUGCCUCCCCAUAUUUUGCAAUAAAGGAAAUUGCUCAGCCCCAUUGUGAGUUUUCUCAGAAUAAAGUCAUAAAUUUUGUGGAUUUGUUUUUAUAUUUUUUCUUUGGGUUUUCUCGUCUUUUACAAUAUUUUAUCCUGAAAUACAAUGCAGUAAAACUACUGCUGGAAUAAACGUCUCUGCCAUCCCU